AUGGUUGUUGUUGCCGUUGCCGGAGGCAGUGGUGGCGUUAGCAAGACAAUUGUCAACCAGCUCGAGCUCAGCAAGGGCCACACCAUCUUCGUCUUAAGCCGAACAGCUCUUGAGAACCAAACUCCCAGUACUGCUCGGUUUAUCAAGGUAGACUACAAUGACACUGCGUUACUGAGUCGGUGUCUCGGGGAGAACGAGGUCGAAGCUGUAAUCUCCACCAUCAACCUGCAAGACGAAGCUGCGAGCAACGCACAGCUGAGCCUCAUUGAGGCCGCUGGCGCGUCCAAGACAACAAAGCGGUUCAUCCCGAGCGAGUUUGCCUUUGUCAACUCUCCAGACGGUGCCGAGGAUGAGCCCAGCGUGAGAUUUGCUAUCAAGAGUGUUGAUGCGCUUCGAAGCUCGAGCCUCGAGUUUACGCGCUUUGCGAAUGGGUUCUUCAUGGAUUACUGGGGUCUACCCCAUAUUUCGAGUAACCUAUGGGCUUAUACUUGGGCCAUAGAUAUUGCCAACAAACGAGCUGCCAUUCCCGGAACAGGAGACGAUGUGCUGAGUUUGACCUACUCUGUGGACGUUGCUAAAUUUGUCGUUCGGACGCUAGAGUCAUCAGACAAAUGGCCUGAGACCAGCAUCCUCUCCGGGACAGACAUCACUUUCAACCAACUUCUGGCUAUUGCCGAGAGGAUCCGAGGUUGUAAAUUCGAUACCACAUACGAUAGUCUAGAGGCUCUUGAGAGGAAUGAAGCGACCCUUCUGCAGGUUGGGUAUGGAGGUGGGGGUGGCGCCUCCGAAGACGAGGCGAAACAGAUGGUAUCUUUGUUCGGUAGGAUGACAAUUUCAGGGAGUUUCCGCCUGCCGGACGAGAACCGCAUUAAUGACAAGUUCCCUGGGUUACGCCCGAUGACGGCUGAGGAAAUCUUGACUAUGGCUUGGGCUGAGAAGUAG